UCAUGGGGCCCCCGGGCAAUAGGGGAUCAUAGGGCCCCUGUGUUCUUGCCCAAACUCAAAACAGCCUAUGAAAAAGGUACCAGGGGCAUCUCAUGGGGCCCCCUACUGACCCCGGGCCCUCGGGCAGUGCCCGAGUUUCCAAAUGGUCAGUCCGCCCCUGAUCCCCUGUGAUGUAAUGGUACACACUGAGUAUGCUGUCCCAAUAUAUAUUUUUUAUAGAAGGGGUCAAUUUUACUCCUAGAUAGCCCAAUUCUUUUGCCCUCCAUGAAAAUGGGAAGUCCUUUUGUAGAGUCUGCAUCUCCUUCGUAGAAAUAUUAGUAUUCAAGAUUUCUG